UACGGUUUUUCUUAUUCAUAACUUUAAUAUAGCUGUUGCUCCUUAACGCACAGCUAAAAUAAAAACGCUUAUAUUAUUAUUUUCUCCAUUUUACCUAAUCUAUUAAACCCACUACUAACUACACUUUACUAGUAUCUACACAAAUAGCACACUGGCCUCCCCUACUAUAGAGAUCUUACAAUAUAUUCCAUGUCAAUAAAAAUUACGAGUCGAAUCAUUUUAUAUGCUAUAGAGUUCAGUUUAUAGUUUGUUAAUCUUUGUAUUUUUGUAUAGUGGCGUUGCGGCGCCGGGCGAGUUUGAUACGUUUCUUAUAACUUGAUGCCGGUCGCGUCGACCUCGUGCCUUAUAAUUCGUUUUCUCCGUCUGAUUCACUAGCUAUCGAUACGAUACUAGGCUUAUCAACUUCGAAACGAACAUACUCAGUGGAGUUUUCACUCGAGUAGAAGUAGUACCGUCAGCCCGCAACGGAGCGCCUGCGCGAUGCCGCCGCUAGCGUACAGUGCAGCUCGUAAUAGCACGUCAGUCGCCGCUCAGACUGCAGGAAGGAGUCACUAUGGACAAAUACAUUAGCAUCAAGGACUUGGAGGACGCGGCGCUCGAGGUCCUGCCCAAGGCCACCCGCGACUACUACAAGAGCGGUGCAACUGACGAAUUCACCCUAGCCGAGAACAAACGAGCGUUUCAAAGAAUUCGUAUCCGUCCAAAAUGUCUGGUCGGUAUAAAGGGGUGCGAGCUGAAGACGACGGUGUUGGGCGAGACGGUGUCGAUGCCGAUCGCCAUAGCGCCCUCCGCCAUGCAGAGGAUGGCCCAUCCCGACGGAGAAACCGCUAAUGUAAAAGCCGCCCAAACUAAAGGAGUAGUGUACACCCUGAGCACCAUCUCCACCAGUUCCAUAGAAGAGGUGGCGGAGGCCGCGCCAAACGCGCUCAAGUGGUUCCAGCUCUAUAUAUACAAUGAUAGGGAGAUCACCAAGAAAUUAGUUCAAAGAGCUGAGAAGGCCGGAUUCAAGGCUUUACUCCUGACUGUGGACACGCCUCUGUUUGGAGUAAGGAGAGCCGAUGUGAGAAAUAAAUUCAAUCUGCCCAAACACUUGAACCUGGCUAAUUUUGAAGGGGACAUGUCAACGAAGAUUCACGAGUCCGGCGAAGGCAGCGGCCUCAACCACUACGUCAGCGGUUUGUUCGACAAGGGUCUAACGUGGGAUGCCAUCAAGUGGCUGAAAAGUAUAACGAAGUUGCCUAUCGUGGCGAAGGGCGUGCUGCGCGGUGACGACGCGGUGCGCGCGGUGGAGGCGGGCUGCGCCGCCGUGCUCGUGUCCAACCACGGCGCCCGACAGCUGGACGGCGUGCCCGCUACCAUCGAGGCGCUCCCCGAGGUGGUGUCGGCGCUGCGCGGCCGCGACGUGGAGGUGUACAUGGACGGCGGCGUCUCUACCGGCACCGACGUCUACAAGGCGCUGGCGAUAGGAGCCAAAAUGGUGUUCGUGGGUCGGCCCGCUCUGUGGGGUCUGGCUGUGGGCGGACAGGCCGGAGUAGAGAAGAUGCUGGACAUAUUCCGCUCCGAGCUGGAAUACACGCUGCAGCUCGCAGGUACACCUGACGUAGCGCAGGUCACCAGAGACAUGGUCAAGCACGAGUCGGAGUACGCCAAGCUAUAAGUAUCCUACGACUUCUGUUAUAAAAUGACUUCAGUAUAAUAUUUAUUAUAAUUUUAAUAAACGGGCAAUAACAAAA